AUGACCACCGUCCCUCGACCAUCGUCUGACACCCUGACCGAUUCGGUGGCCAAUCAAGUGGCCAUCGUGACGGGGGCAGCGCAGGGCAUCGGCCUGGCCACCGCGGUGCUGCUCGCACGCCAUGGAGCCCGUGUGGUGCUCGUCGACUGCAACGAAGCCGCGCUGCAGGAGGCGCGCGAGACCGUGGGCAAGGACGCCCCAUACCGCAUCUGCGACGUCGGCGACUGGGAGCAACAGGUGGCUCUCUUCCAGUGGGUGACUAACACCGUUGGACACGUGGAUCUUGUCGUCUGUAAUGCUGCCGUGAACCCGGAAAUCGCGUUGCUGCAGACCCAUGAUGAGUCGCAAUGUCGCAAGAUGAGCUGUCAGGUGUGCUACAACUACCUGGCGGACGAGCACCAAGACUCGACCCUACGACGACCCUACACGCAGCUAUUCGACGUCAAUCUACACUCCGUCAUCUUUGGCCUCAAACUCGCCAUCCACCACAUGCGGCCCCGCGGCCGGGGUCGUAUUAUUGUGACUGGAUCCGCCGCCUCCUAUGUGCCCGUGCCCUCGCAGACGUUGUAUACGGCCAGCAAACAUGCGGUGCUGGGCCUCGUGCGCAGCACCGCUCUCAUGGACGAGGUCACCAGUGCCGGGAUCGCCAUCUCCUGGGUGGCACCGUGGCUAACGUUGACUCCGAUGGUCCAGGGACUGGCGGCCACCGUUCAGGACCACAUGCUGAGGAGUUUGCCCGAGGAUGUCGCCUGGGCUAUCGCGACGGCCGCCUGCAACUGGGCCCACGCCAAGGGAUACUGGAUCCAAGGCCAGAACAUCACCGAGGUCGAGGGGGCGUAUGGAGAGAUGGCUGGUUCGUUGAUGUUACCAAAGAAUAAAUUUUAG